UGUUGUGAGGAUCCUAAAUAUUCUAAAUUCUAAUGACAUUACCGUCUGUAAUUAAUGUUGAAGAGACGGACAACUUUGGCAUUAAAGCGAUAGGCCAAAUAGUUAAAAUUACUUGAAACUGGGAAACAGAUCAACCCAGAAUAAUUCUAAACCAUAUAUGCUUAUGUAAGCUCUUGCUGACACCGGCAAAGCGGCGCUGGAGAGUAAGAGCAAGUUGUCUUGUAUAAAAUAUCACUCCAUCUAUUUCGUCCACCCUCACCCCCCCAUAUACGCCAUGGCUUCUCCAGCCCACAAGCUUCACUUUGUCUUGUUUCCUUUAAUGGCCCAAGGCCACAUGAUUCCUCUGAUAGACAUUGCCAAACUGCUCGCACAGCGAGGCAUGAUUGUCACCAUUGUCACCACAACCCAUAACGCAGCCCGUUUCCAUACAAGCAUUGCUCGCGCAGUUGAAUCCGGACUCCGAAUCCAAGUUAUCCAACUUCAGUUUCCUUAUGAAGAAGCAGGAAUACCCAAAGGCUGUGAUAAUCUCGACAAGCUUCCUUCACUAGGACUCGCCAUAAACUUCUUCACUUCAACUAGCAUGCUACGACACCCUGUGGAGAAGUUGUUUGAGGACCUAGCACCUCCCCCCAACUGCAUAAUCUCUGAUAUGUGCCUGCCUUGGACACUUGAUAUUGCUCGCAAGUUUCAUAUUCCAAGAUUUUCUUUUCUUGGAGUUAGUUGCUUCUGUCUCCUGAUUUUUCACGUUUUACGCGUUCACAACAUUCAUGCGAAAAUAUCCAGCCAGUCGGAGUACUUUGUUUUGCCCGGUUUGCCUGAUCAUUUUGAAUUCACUAAAUCCCAACUGCCUUUUCCCGAAGACCCCAAAAUGAAGGAAUUUAGUGGGCAAAUGGCAGCAGCUGACUUAGCCUCACAAGGGGUCAUCGUGAAUACUUUCCAAGAGUUGGAACCAGCAUAUGCCAAAGAAUAUAGGAAGGCAAGAGAAGAUAAAGUCUGGUGUAUUGGCCCUGUUUCGCUUUGCAACAAGGACUACCUAGACAGGGCCGAGAGAGGUAACAAGGCUUCCAUUGAAGAGUAUCAAUGCUUGAAGUGGCUCGAUGCCCAGGAACCCUGCGCUGUUGUCUAUGCCUGCCUUGGGAGCCUAUGCAAUCUAAUACCUUCACAGUUGAUAGAGCUCGGGUUAGCUUUAGAAGAGUCUAACAAACCAUUUAUUUGGGUCCUAAGGGGAGCGGAAAACUCAGAAGAAUUGGAAAAAUGGAUUUUGGAAGACCGAUACGAAGAAAGGAUCAAAGGGAGAGGUCUUUUGAUUUGGGGUUGGGCUCCGCAAUUAUUGAUCUUAUCCCAUCCUUCAGUGGGAGGGUUUUUAACGCACUGCGGUUGGAAUUCAUGCAUAGAAGGAAUAAGUGCUGGGGUGCCAAUGCUUACAUGGCCACUAUUUGGGGACCAGUUUAUGAAUGAGAAACUAGUAGUGCAGGUACUAAAAAUUGGUGUGAGGGUCGGUGUGGAGGAUCCUGUAAACUGGGGUGAGGAAGAGAAGACUGGGGUGUUGGUGAAAAAGGAAGAUGUUAAGGGGGCUAUAGAGAGGCUAAUGAAUGAAGGAGAGGAAAGAGAAGAGAGGAGGACAAAAGUUAGAGAGAUGGGAGAGAUGGCAAAGAGAGCUGUUGAAGAUGGAGGAUCUUCUCAGGUGGAGAUGACAAUGCUAAUUCGAGGUAUCAUGCUACGAACAGGUUGCAGAGAAUGUACCUAACAGAUCAGUAUUGCAAACUGAUGAUCAGAGGCACGGUUUGCAAAAGAGAAAUAAAACGGUCUCCCUGCUAGCUAAGACGGCAUCUUCUGAAGACUGCAAAUUGCAGGUAACAGGUAACUCCUAGUGCAACCAAAACACGAAGUCCCACAAAUUAAAUAAUAGAGACAAACAAAGGUCACAUGGCCUGCAUAUAUGCAUCAAACCUAGCUAGCUAAAUUUAAUAACAUAUAUAUAUAUACACACUGAUGCAUAUAUAGAGAUAUGCUCCCACGUACGUCAGUUUCUCUACACGAAGCACAUGACACAUAUUAUAUUAACAAGUGAUCUAUAUAUAUAUAUAUAUA